UGUUUUCUCCAUCGAGUGACUCCUCUGUUCAGAAAACCAUCUUUGACUGUCUGCGUCAUGACGUCACGUUAGAGCGUCAGUCAACGCGUCUCGCAUUUCCGCGUUUCCGAAUUAAAAACGCCUCCAAAUACAGAGAGAAAACAAAGUUUUCCAGCGGGGCUCCUCGUGGAGGUUCAGGUGUUUGUUGUCCAGGAUUCAGGUGAGCCUCACGUGACGUUCACGUGUUUAGUUCAAAUCACAGAGUUCAGUUGAUGAUGAAAUGUUUAAACUUGAAUCGGUUUGUCUCUGUAGAGUUCGUCUGUCUCAGGGAACCAGCAGGAUCCUCUACAGCACGUGAACCUGGUCCACCUUCAGCAGCGAGAUGUGGACCACGACUCAGAAACAUCGGGACUUUGUCGGCGAGCCGAUGGGAGAUAAACGUGUGGCGGCUCUGUCGGGUAUCGGAGAGAUUCUGGGGGAGAAGCUGAGGCAGCAAGGCUUUGACAAGGCCUACGUGGUUCUGGGUCAGUUCCUGCUCCUGAAGAAAGACCCGGAGAUGUUCACCGAGUGGCUGAAAGACGCCAGCGGAGCGAACUCCCGUCAGGCUGGAGUCUGUACUCAGUGUCUGAGGGAGUGGUGUGACGCCUUCCUCUGAGGCUCCGCCUCCUCACAGGAGACUCCUCCUCUUCCUGUUCUUUGUUGUUGGGUUUGAAGCUGAGACUUCACAGGAGUUUGUUUACAUGAAUAAAAGCUUUGUGUCUGAA